CUUGCUCCCUCCCUUCCUCACACUCCCUCUCUCUCUAUCUCUAUCUCUUUACCCCCACCCCACCCUCCAUUCGCUCCCUCUCUCUAUUUCUCGAUCACGCUCUCCUGCAGUUACAGUUCACAGUGUUACCACAAGGUGGGAAGACUGUUCAUAACAGACAUGACACAGGCACAUCUGCCUUUCCUGGCUCAUCUUUUCCUCUUCGUCUGGCUUCACGGCUCUCCUCCUGCUGCUUGUGGGGAACACAUGAUCGCUUUGGCACCCACUCACCUCCGUUCUCCUCUCUCUCGCCUCCCCCCGUGCCUCAGUUGCCUUGCGACAUCCAUAUUUGAUGUAUGGGAACGGGAUUGAUUUAUAGACCAAUAACAUUAAGAAAACUCUGACCAGUGGCACCUCGCCUGAGAAAGCUCCAGCUGAGAUGUCGGCGUAUCAUAUUUGUGAACCGGACAGAUCUCUUCCUCUAAAAUAGCAUUAGAGCAAGACGUUGGUGUAAUUGUACACAAUUCGAUGCUUCCAAUUCACUGUUUACAUAGCUACAAUGGCCCUAUAAUUCAUUUCAACACUUAAAAAUGAAUCUAAAUAUAUAAAUACCAUACUUUCUGGUUGUCGAAUGUCGGUAGAACAUAUCCAUAGUUAAUGUAAAGAACUACUGUACACCUGUGGUUACUCUGCUUGCAGCACUUGUGUGAAGUUGUUUCAUACUAUACAACAUAAUAUUACUUGACCUUGGUUAGUUCUGAAAGAGCUAGCAUAAUUUUUUCACUUAUGCUGCUUGGUUUGAUAACAUGUGCUGUGCAGUGAAAUUGUGGCUUGAGUGUUCAAUUACCUAUUGGAACAAUGGGCAUAAUGGCUGAUUAUUAGAUUGCAAAGACAGAUUGUUGCCUUCCAAUAGUGUUGUGUUGGUAUUUGUUCAAAUAUAAUCAUUAUAAUUCAUCAGAAGUAUUUUAAAAGAUUGAAAAAAAUAUAUAAAAUAAUAUAAUACAAUAAUAGCUAGAUGGAAAGGUAAACGCAGAUUCCCACAUAAUAAAGAAAAAGUGGUGGCCUAGUGGUUAGAGAGUUUGACUCCUAACCCUUGGGUUGUGGGUUCGAAUCUCGGGCUGGCAAUACCAUGACUUAGGUGCCCUUGAGCAAGGUAUUGAACCCUCGGGUGCUGCAGCAUAAAUGGCUGCCCACUGCUCCGGGUGUGUGUUUACAGUGUGUCUGUGUGUGUGCACUUUGGAUGGGUUCAAUGCAGAGCAAAAUUCUGAGUAUGGGUCACCAUACUUGGCUGAAUGUCACGUCACUUUCACUUUUAUUACAGGAAGAAACCAGAAUGUCCUGUCCUUUCAAUAAUUAUACAACCAAACCCUUUAAUUUUGUUUGAGAAUGGCAUAGAAUAACACAUAACCUGACUCUUGUCCAACAUUUGUGAGGAUAUUUUCUGUGCAGCCCUUUUUUUAUAGAUUAAUGCAGUAAUAGAACUAUAUUUAAAUACUAAUCAUUUGUAUUUAUUUUUUACUAUAAAUAACUGAUUUUAUUGACUCUCAUUGUCGGCUUUAGAUUUUAAAAUGUGUUUAAUGUCCCCUAUAAUUAUUUUAUAUAGACAAACUUUAAAAAGUAUGAGCAAUCAUGAGAUCAUUGUUAUUCAUUGAUUUAGUCAUAGACUCGCAGAUGAAUUCCCAUCAGCCAAUGACUGCAUAGCACUGUAAUCUUACCUUUAAAAAAAUGAUAUUCAAUAUGCAUACUAAAUUAGACUUUCACAAGAUGUUUAAUUUAAAAUGUUUAGCUGUGAUUAGGAAGAGUAGAUAAAAUUAGUCAAGAUUAAUUACGAUGUUUUGUGCUAAACGAUUAACUAUUAAUUGUUGAAUAUUAUAUAUCACAUUGUCUAUGCCUAAUCACCAUCUUCAUGCAAACGGACACAGGUACAAUACAAACCACAAAACCAUAUGUUUUUCUCUCAAAAUAACAAAGCAGACAAGAAUAAGUCAUUUUCAGCCUGUGUUGUUUCUAGUGUGUGAAAGGCGGAGGUUAGCUGAAAGUGGGUAUGACUGCAGGAAAAUGAGCUGUUUCUUUCUUUCUUCUUUUUUUGGAAAACUGCGUAUGGUACAGUAUGAUCUGGUCUCCAGGCCCCAUGAGAGGCGUGUGUCCAGUUAAUAGCAGCCUAUUGACACUGACCCAUCUGUUGGGGUGGACUAAAGCCAACUAAAAAAAGGAGAUGGAGAGAGCAUUGGAGAAUGAGAGAGAAUGCUACCAUUUUUGUUUAUGUGUGCAUAUGAGCCAUUACUUAAAACUGUAUCAUAUUUGUUUUAUGCUAUUACAGAGCAGUUUGUACCUCCACCGAGUCAUCAUUGCAACUUUUAAUGCUUAAUCCUUUUAGAAUAAUAACAUUAUAGGCUAAUCUUAUGAAGUUAAGAAUCCACCAAGUGUGGCAUGCUACUGAGGGAUCAUGUAAAGAGCACCGUUUUCUCACUCUCGCUGUAAUUGUGUUAUUGAUGUUGCAGGAUUUUCUGUUUAUCAAGCUUAUUCCGGAUUUUAUCAUAUAUAACAAACCUGGUUAAAAAUCGUUCAGGAGAUGGUGUGCAUACGUGUGCAUGCACUGGGAUGGGCUGUCACUUGAAUCAUGGAGUCUACCGCUUAAUUCCACAGUCAUCUGCCUCUCAUUCUCCCUCUUCUGUCCGCCGGGGUCCCAGGGGGAUUCUGAUUGUUGUCUCCAUAGUGACUCUAUGUGUCUUUAUAAAGCCUGUUCAGAGCCUACCGCUUCUUCUGUGUGCUGUCUGUUCCAUGCAGAUGACCUGCCAUUCACUGCAAGGGACUCAUGCGUGUAGUCCCAACAUGGUCCGUCUAAAAAGGGUUUCCCUGUACACCACCAAAAACAUGUUGGGCACAUUGGAAACGCAUACCCACACCCACCAAGACACAAGUUGACUCUCCUUAUAACCCUUGCUUCAAAUACCUCCACCCCAAAAAGAAAGUGUCAUCUUUAAUAUUUAACGCAAUCCAGUUUUGCCAUCUUAGUCGUUGGCGUCACACCCAUCACCCAUGAUUGUUAGCAGCAGAGUCAGUUAUAAUUGUGGGGUAAAACUUAUUUUGAUGUGGAAAAACAUUGGGUCUCGUGGGAACCAAUUAAAAAAUCAGAGGUUCAAGAAGUGGACUAUACUUCGCUUUUGUAUUCUAUGAUUGAUGGGUUCAUUAAAUCAUCUGUUCACUUGGCAGAUUGCAUGACAGGACCAGCAUGAUGAGAAGAAUUCUGCUUUUGCAGGAAAGUCAUAAUUGUCAUAGGAAUAUCUGCUGUGAUUCUGUUUCCCCUACAAUUUAUUUCCUGCUUUCUUGUUCACAGAUGCAUGCAUACUGAUGUACAUCGCGUGCAUCCUGAAGCAUGUGUGGACACAAAAGAACGAGGGCUGCACAGCAUUAUUUGGCGCGUUGUGAGAAGACAUCCGUGUGGAUGGGGGAGCUGUGCGCUUUUCGCGCGCUUACACCUGCUGGUUACGUCAAAUCCUUCCCAGAGCGGCGUUGCGCCGUCGUCUUGGAAACGGUCCUUCAGCGUCGCAAGCCUGUGUAAGGUUGUAUGGACGGAUGAUGGAAGAAAACAGCAGAGAACAUCUCGAUACUGAUAAUGAAGCAGGGGGAGAGGAUGCUUUGGUGGGGAAUGUGAACAAACUGAUGAUCAGCCCUCCAGGAUACACUGGACCGCCCAAGAAAGGUCAUAUCAUCUUCGACGCCUGCUUUGAGAGUGGUAACCUGGGUCGUGUUGACUACAUCAGUGAAUUUGAAUUUGAUCUGUUCAUCAGGCCUGACACGUGUAACCCGCGGUUCAGAGUCUGGUUUAACUUCACAGUGGAAAAUGUUCGAGAGACUCAGAGGGUGAUUUUCAACAUUGUGAACUUCAGUAAGACCAAGAGCCUGUACAGAGAUGGGAUGUCCCCUGUGGUGAAGUCGACCAGCCGGCCUAAAUGGCAAAGACUGCCAGCCAAGAAUGUGUAUUACUAUCGCUGCCCGGACCAUCGGAGGAACUACGUGAUGUCUUUUGCCUUCUGCUUCGACCGCGAGGAUGAUGUUUAUCAGUUUGCGUACUGCUACCCGUACACCUACUCACGUCUGCAGCAUUACCUGGCCAGCCUGGAGCGCAGAAAUCUCGAUUACCUGCAGCGAGAGCAGCUGGGCCUCAGUGUGCAACAAAGAAGACUUGAUCUUCUGACCAUCACCAACCCCGCCUGUCUGAACCCAGAGCGAGAAAAGAGGGUGGUGUUUCUCACAGCCCGGGUUCACCCUGGAGAAUCACCUGCUUCCUUCAUCUGUCACGGUGUCAUCGACUUUCUGGUCAGCCAGCAUCCCAUCGCUCAGGUCCUGCGUGAUCAUGUGACCUUUAAGAUUGUUCCCAUGCUCAACCCUGACGGCGUUUACCUGGGAAACUACAGGUCAGCUGAAAUGAACAAUCACGCACAUAAUAUAACAUUUUAA